CCCCGACGACCCUUCAUAGCACCACUCCGUUUUCAUGGAACGUACGUCCUCCGGGUUGUUAAUCCUGCUCGUGAUUUUCUCCAUUGCUGGUGCAUAUUCUAUCAAAGCUGCUGAAGUUCCAUUUAAUCAAAACUAUGUUCCGGCAUGGGGAGGUGAUCAUAUCAAAGUUCUUGAUCAGGGAAGACAAGUUCAGCUUCUAAUAGACCGAUCUUCAGGAGCUGGAUUUCGAUCAAAACAGUUUUUCGGCUCUGGGCUUUUCCGGAUCCUAAUGAAGAUUCCAAGCAAGAACACUAAAGGAAUUCUCACAACGUUUUUCUUAACUUCAGCUACACCUAAUCAGCCUGUAAAAAACCACGAUGAGCUUGAUUUUGAGUUCUUGGGCAGCAAUGACAAGGGUUAUGCAUUGAAUACAAAUGUUUUUGCCAAUGAUUUUGGAGGCAGGGAACAACAGUUCAGGCUUUGUUUAUUUAUUUUUCUAUACAAUUUGCUUUUAUCAAACCCCAUGUCCAUAUAUCGGGCUAGGGAUGACAAUGGCUCGGCUCGGCUCGACCCGACCCUUUAA